UCGUGAUAAAAGCGGUCAGAAAUUAAAUAAACUUUUUUACUUAAUUGAGUAAUCCUGGUAGCGGCUGUGAAUGUGGAUGUGGUGCAGAGAAAAUAUUUUUCUAUCAGUUCUACGUAUACCUGUAUCGAUAGCUAUUAACUGAUAUGCCUGAGAGAUGGCUGGAAGCUAAGGGUUUUCUCUUGGAUAUGACUGGGGUGCUGUACGAUAGUUAUGGCUUGACAGGAACGGCCAUUCCCGGAUCCUGUGAAGCCCUGCAGCUGCUGCGGCAGCAUCAUGUUCCCUUUCGUUUUGUCACCAAUGAAAGCACCUCCGACCGCCAGUUCUUAGCCAUGGUCCUCAGUACACUGGGCUUGCAGAUCGAUGCGCAGGAGAUCAUCGCACCUGCACCACAAGUUGUCAAGAUCGUGCGGGAGCGCGGUCUGCGCCCGUUCCUCCUGGUCAAAGACACGGUCCUCCAGGAAUUUGCCGGCCUGAAGACCACAAACCCCAAUUGCGUGGUACUUGGCGACGCACAGGACGACUUCUCCUAUGAAAACGUCAACCGCGCCUUCUCCAUCCUCAUGAACCUUCCGAAGCCUGUCCUGCUUUCCAUGGGCUGCGGUCGCUACUACAAGGAGACCGACGGUCUGAAGAUGGACGUGGGCGCCUACUGUAAAGCUCUGGAGUACGCCUGCGGUAUCCAGGCGGAAUGCUGCGGUAAACCCGAUCCGCGCUUCUUCCAGAUGGCCCUGGACAGUCUCGGGCUGGAGGCGGACGCGGUGGUGAUGGUGGGGGACGAUGUGCGGAAUGAUGUCAACGGGGCGCAGAGGGUCGGCAUGAGGGGAGUGCUGGUGAAGACGGGCAAGUACCGCACGGGCGACGAGGAGCACGGAGAGAGACGGCCCGAUGCUGUGAUGGAAAAUUUGUUGGAGGUUGUCAGAAUGUACUUACACAGUACAUAGAUGCCGUAACAUAAGCGAGUGAAAAUUACAGUAUAUUUCCAUUUUUGUUUCUCGGCGAGAAGCGAUUUUGUGUAUAUAAGAGAAUUUUUGCUUAUACGUGUGCAGUUCCGACUUUUUUAAUUUUCGACGUGCUCAUAUAGCCUCAUAUGUUUUAAUGUGUGGUCACUUGUGGUGUGUAUGAGGGUUUUUGGCUUGCGCCAUCUACUGCCGGAUGUGGCUUGAUCAGACCGCGUUUGCCGUGUGAUUACACAAGCUGUUAGA